CCUCUUUCCGGCGUGACGCGGAGCUGCUGGUAGCUGCUGCUGCUGCCUGUCAACACCAUCAUCAACAGAGGACUUCUGUCCACACGGUUUUGUUUUUAGUCCUCAUUCUCUGACAGUGCACCAAGUGUCCUCCAUCAUGCCCAUGUACCAGGUAAAGUCCAUCAGUGGGGGUGACAUAAAGGUUGAUUUGCCAUCCUGCAUGUACAAGUUACCAAAUAUCCACGCGCCGCAAGGGAACAGCUGCAGCCCCGAGCACGCGCCUCAGAAUGGUGAGGUAGACCCCGCAGUCAAGGCCCUGGAAGCCCGUCAGGAUGAGAUCAUGAGAAAACUCUACGAGCUGAAAGCAGCGGUGGAGGGCCUUGCCAAGACGGUAACAACCCCAGAUGCUGAUCUGGACCUGACAGUCAGCAGCAGCCUCUCCUCACAAAGCUCCACCUCCGCAGUAUUCAAAAGUACCACCGACUUGGAUGCGCUACUGGGCAAGGACCUCGGUGCUCUCCGUGACAUCGUCAUAAAUGCCAACCCAGAACAGCCCCCCCUGACUCUGCUGGUUCUCCAUAGUCUGCUGUCCCAGCGCUACCGGGUGCUCUCCACCAUCCACACCCACUCCUCCGUUACCAGUGUGGCACCGCAGCUCCUGUCCUGUCUCGGUCCGCGGCAUGCAGACAGCCACAUCCGCCACAUGUUCCAGCUGGGCUUCACGCUCAUAUGGAAAAAAGUUCCCAAGUUGGAAAUGAAGUUCAGCGUCCGUAACAUGUGUCCCAUCGAGGGUGAGGCCAACGUUGCCCGCUUCCUCUUCAAGCUGCUGGCUCCCUACCCCAGUGACCCCGCUCUCGCCACGCUGGUGGACAGCUGGGUGGACACGGCUUUCUUCCAGCUGGCAGAAGGCAGUUCCAAGGAGCGCGCCGCCGUCCUGCGGGCCCUCAACUCGGCUCUGGGCCGCGGCCACUGGCUAGCAGGAGCGGAGUUCUCCCUGGCCGACGUGGCCUGCUACUGCUGCGUGAUGCAGACCGGCUCAGCCUCCUCCGCACCUGCGAAUGUCCAACGCUGGAUCAAGUCUUGCGAGAACCUGGGCCACUUCAGCCCUGCCAAGCUACUUCUGCAGUGACCAGGGAAUGUCCUGGGACCAGACACCAGAGGCACAGUGAAAGAAGGGCAUUAGAAUAAUAAAAUAUCUCAGCCCUGUCUGGAACUUCUUCUCAUACUUCCCCCCCUGCUGUAGUAUAUCAUUGCACUGACGGAAAGCAGCCGAUGGUUAAAAUAACUUACAGGUAUUUAUCUCUACCAUGCUGCUUUUAUACAACUCAGAUACGGGGGUUGUAUUCUACAAGGGGGGGAAGUAUGGAGAGGAACGUUGUAGACAAAGGCUUGGUGAUGUGUUGAGUAACAGUACUGACAGAGGUGUUUGGUGAACACACACUGCACACCCUCCACCCACUUUGUGCCUAAAAGAAUCCUGUUCUAAAUGUGUGUCCAUCUGUGGUGACAGGUAUUACCACGUGUUUUCACAAGUAAUACAUUGUACCGUUGUUUUUCUUAAAUAUUAAAUCUUCAAAUUUGGAUCAAA